GGGGCGCAGUUGUGACAGUAUCGAGUAUGAUUGAUAGGCCUCAUGCCUAGGCCUAUAUUAUGUAUGUAACGUUGUGCGAUAGGCCUAUUGUAUCUGCCAUUUAUGAAAUGAUGACUUCUUACGACCCGACGUGGCGAUACAAUAUUUCGCAACGUUAACCACGAUAAUUCGCCAUUUUCUGGAAGGGAAAGGAGCUUAUAGAGCUGCUAAAGUUGAAGCAAAGAAAUAAUGGACAACCCAGAGAAGUUGGAGUUCUUGGAAAGACUGGAAAAUUCAAUUGAAAAGUCGACACAGCACCUCAGUGAAAUCCUGGAACUGAUUGGCUGGGAGAAAGAUGAGCUGAUGGAGGCGCCCGAUCUUCUCCAAUGUCAAAUCGAUGGCAAUCAUUUUGUUCCUGAAUCAAUAAAGAGUCGGCACAACAAGUACUGCGAGUUGAGGAGGCAGAACUUGACAAGGGAGGAGGCAAAGGAAAUGCUGGAGCGGAAAAUUUACAAUCAGAUGGCUGCUGGGAGGUUGGUGUUUGGUGCAGAUGACAUCACGCAGUUCUUGCCUAAAAGGCAUCCUACCUCCACCGCCGGUCCACAACCCCCAGACCUCCAUUUACACCCGCCAGAUGUCAGGCUAGCUGUCUAUGAUCAAGUGGUGGCCAAGUCCAGGGAGAGGGAGCAGGUCGAGAGCACAGUUGACGACGAGUUGUUUUUCCUCGACCGCAAAGGCUGGGAGAAGAAGAAGGAAGAGAGUGACAACAAGAAUAAGUCAUUUGUUGAGCAGCUGGCUGAGAAGAGAGACCAGAGGCGACGGCGACAGACGUACCGUGCCAAGAAUGUGCACAUUACUAGCAAGUCUCACACUGAGAUUAUUCGUGAAGUAAUCAACAAUCAGAUGGAGGUGUUAGAGAGGAUAAUCCAAGAUGAAGUAGGAGAGCCAACGGCGUCUGCUCCCGCUGCUGGUGGUUCCCGAGAGGGCGGGUCUCAUGAGGGGUCACAGCGUGACGAACGGAGCAGUCGAGAGGGCGAGGAGAGGAGCAACAGGCGGGAUGAUGGCGAGGGGAGUCAUCACAAAAAGCACAAGAGGAAGAGGAGUAGGUCUAGAUCUCUUGACAGGGAGCCGUCCAGUUACAAGGAGUCGCAUCACAAACGCCACAAGAAACACAAACAUAAAAAGGACAAAGAAAAGGAACGCGACAACCCAGCUGACGCCUAGCCAAAUGCCUGAUUUAAAAUUAUUUCUACUGUGAUGAUUUCCAUCCCUUUCUUUCAGUUCUUCCAACACGCUUUCUUUUCAUAGAUAUUGAAGCAACAUUUUGUAUACAAGUACAUUGUAAUAGUACCAAAAUGAUAAUUUGUUAUUGUCUUAACUUAUUGUAUA